UACUAACAUAACGAGUUCAAAUUAUGCUGUUGUGUACAUUUUGAAGUUUGUAAUUUAUUAUUCGAACGGUAACUUAUUUGAGUUUGAUUUAGAAAAAAGAGUUCUGUUCCUUAAAUCGCUGGGACUUUCAGUUCAUUAUUGAACAGACUAUCAGACAAAGUCUAUGGAUACCUUGCCAACGAAAAUGAUUGAAGCCGCAGCCCGUUUACAAAUGCACAACCAGGACAUGGUCAAAUGCAUCAGUUACCUGCGCGCGGAGCGUCAAAAAAUGGCAGACAAAAUAACGAGCCAAGAACAAGAACGCCAAGAGCUGGAGAAGGAAAUAUCUCGUCUACGCCGUCAACUAAGCGAGUUGGACCAGAACUUAGAACAGAAUCGCCAGAAGCUGCAAAAGCAGGAUACCAAACUAGCAGAAGCUGAUAUCGGAUAUGGAAAGCUGGUAGACACGAUGCAAAUUUUACUGAUGUCCGUUAAAAGCGAUAUGAAUGCGGAAAGCGAGACUGAGAAGGAAUAGGUGGAAAAAUGUCCUGUGUAUAAAUGGGAGCACCGGCGAGAUGGAUCAACUAUGGUCUUAGCUGUCAGACCUAAAAAAUGGGAGCUUCUGUUCAAUCUCUUGUUCAUAACUCAAUCGUUUUAAGGUUUGAUACUCAAUUCUAGAUAGUUGAAAUUGUCUGUCCCGAUAUACACGAGUUAUUUUAAAAUGAUAAUCUAAAGUAAAAUAGAGAUUCCCAUUGAUACAUAGCUCCUCUUUGUAUAAGAAUGUUAGUAAUAAACCUGUGUUCGCUCUUGUUCUACGUAAAAAGUUAAGAUUAACAUAAUCACCCUUAUUCUUAUUUACGACAAAUGCGAGAUUCGUUCGAAAGCGUUUGAAACGAUUCGCCAACCCCAUUUUAUAAAGUUGUGAUAAAUCAAAUGACGAAUCUCGCAUCGAAAUAUCCAUAGUAAUCCUCAUAAAUACUUCCUUGCGUUGAAAACCAGUAAAGAGACUAGCAGGCUAUCGCU